AUGUUGUGGCAGCGCCCGAGGAGGGCUUCUGGCCUCUGCCGCUGCCCUUCACCUGCACCUACCUGCCCGCCUCUCUGCUGCUGCCCCCUAUCCAAGCCCACAAUUUCUGCAGCCGACCCUGGAGCCUGAGCGCGGGCAAGUGGAUGGCGCCACGAGAAUACCACUGCUUCUACAGCCCAGGAGCGCCUCUGGCCGCCCCGCCGCCCUGGUGGGCCUUCCCGCCUGUCUACGGCCCGGCCCCGCGCCCCCUCUUCCCGGCCGACAGCGUCUCGGCUCCAUCGCCGCAGGUGCUCGCGGCCGGGUCAGGGACUACCGCGGCUGAGAGCUGGGCGCAGUGGCCCGAAGGCAGCAGCCUGGACGCCAAGUUGCACUGGGGACGUGUGGAGCGCGCGCAGGGGCCGCGCCUCCAGCUGCCCGACUUCGUGCGCCGGGAGUUGCGGCGCGUGUACGGCACGUACCCUCGCACCGACGUGCGCGUCACCCACCGCCGCGGCGAGUUCCUGCUGCAGGGAGUGCCGCGAGUCGGCGAGCCAGAGUACCGCGUGGAGAGGCGCGUGGUGCGCCAGCCCACCAGCGCCGGCAGCAGCGGCAGCCCGACCCGGAAAGCCGCGGAGCGCGGCCGCCCCGGGAAGAGGAGAGGCCUGAGCUGAUGGAGCCGUCGGGUAGAGCCGCCGGCCCUCGAGAACGGGCGCGCCU